ACCUUUGUUGGUGUUUGUAGUGAGAGCCCAAAUAAAUAAGCGACAACAUAUUAACAUAGUUUUACCACUCUUCGCAUAUUUAGUCUAUGAUUACAUCUGUGUAUGUUAUGUAUAUAUUAGAUAAUGACAUGAAUAAGUUAUUAUUGAAGGGUCUAUCUUAAUCAUGCUUAAGGUUGUUACAAAGCUACUAUUGAUUAAGAAUAACCUUCAAUUCUCAAGGAUGAGCAAAGAGGAUAGCAUUUGUUGGUAUCAUGGAAAACUUUCACGUGAAGCAGCAGAAGAAAUUCUAAGAGAUGAAAAUUAUGGAAAUGGCUCAUUUCUUGUCCGUGAAAGUAACACAGCUGCAGGGGAUUAUGUUUUAUCAGUUCUUUAUGAAGGAGAAAUUAUUCACUACCAAAUUAGAAGACAUGGGGAAGAUGCAUUUUUUUCAAUAGAUGAACAGACAAUCACGCACGGUCUGGAAACGCUUAUUGAAUAUUACCAAGAAGAAGCACAUGGUCUAGUGUCAAAACUUUCUUAUAUUUGCAAGAAAGACCCUCCACCUCAUGAUUCAAGACGCCAUGGUAGAACAAACUUGCUCCAUAGAGCUACCAAAGAAGGAAAUUACAUGGUAGUAUCAGAACUGCUCAAAUGUGGAUACCGCAGUCUUGAAGCAAAAAACCAAGAUGGCCAAACUGCUGUUCACUUAGCUAGUCGACUGGGAAAAGAUGAUAUUUUAAAGAAGUUGAUCCAAAGCGAUGCAAAUGUAAACUGCAGAGACACAGCAGGCUAUGCACCACUUCAUUAUGCAUGCCAGAGUAACUUACCAAACACUGUGCGAGUGCUGGUACAAAUUGGUUUUGCAAAUAUCCAGGCCAGGAAUUCGGAAACAGGUUGGGUGCCACUGCAUGAAGCUGCCAGUAGGGGCCACAAAGAUGUUGUGAAUGUACUGCUCUCCUUGAAUGCACCUGCGAACCCCAGAACAUCGGCAAAUGAGAUUCCUGCUGAUUUGGCAUUGAGAAAUGGCCAUUUUGAAUGUGCUCAGAUACUUCAGAACUAUAAAUCUCCUACCCCUAAAACAUUCAAGAAAGACUGGUAUCAUGGAACUUUGGACAGAAAUGAAGCUGUGAUGUUAUUGAAGCCACACGAAGACAAAGACGGGGCAUUUUUAGUGCGAUACAGUGAUCGGCGUGGAGGGAUGUAUGUUUUGACUACUGUACAUGCUCGCCAGUAUUACCAUUUCCACAUAAACACCAAGGAUGAAUUUUAUUUCAUUGAUAAUGGUCCAUAUUUGGAUUCUUUGGAACAUGUUAUUGAGCACUACAGUUCAAUGGCAGAUGGAUUGCCAACCUUACUGCAAGUACCAGUGAAGCCCCAACCAAAACCACCUGUUCCAGAAAUGCCGCCAUCAUUAUUAAAUGGGCUAUCAGCAACACUUCCUUAUAAGAGAGCAAAGCACUCACCACGUAGAAGCCUGCAAGUAUCACCUUCGUCUAGUACUGGAGGUUCACCUGUACUUUGCAAGAAAAGUUCACUUGUAGCAGAUGAUGGUGGUGGUGGUGGUGUUGAUGUUAGUGAUGAUGGUGAUGGUUGCAUUGAUGAGUCUGAUGACUUUAAUGACAACCGUGGUAAAAACAUUAGUGCGGGAGUAAAUCACAUUUGCCAUGAGCCAAGGCCACCUGUUCCUACCCGUCAUCCAGUGAUAAGAGACCCAACACUUCACUACGAAUUUAUACCUGCAGACAGUGUAAGACUUGAUGAAGUUAUUGGGGAAGGUGAAUUUGGCUCGGUGUACAAGGGUGCAUUUCACUCACCUGAUGGAAAGCAGGUUAACGUUGCCAUUAAAACUCUUCACAAAGAUCAUGUUGAUACAAAUCGCGAUGAGUUUCUGAGGGAAGCCAGAGUUAUGAUGGGCCUUAACCACUGUUGUAUUGUGAAGCUUAUUGGCUUAUGCAGGGGUCCUCCAUUACUCAUGGUACAAGAAUUAAUUUCUUUAGGAUCGAUGCUUGCAUAUCUUCUGGAAUUUCCUGAUAGAGUAAGCCCAAGAUAUGAAUUAAAGUUGUGGGCAUCACAAAUAGCAUGCGGUAUGAUGUAUUUAGAACAACAGAGAUUUGUGCAUAGAGAUCUAGCGGCUCGAAACAUUCUCUUGGCAUCAAGGCAUCAAGCCAAGAUUAGUGAUUUUGGCCUUUCAAGAGCAUUAGGUAGUGGCAGUGAAUACUACAAAGCUUCACAAGGAGGCAGAUGGCCUAUCAAAUGGUAUGCUCCAGAAUCGUUUAAUUUUGGAACAUUCUCUCAUGCAAGUGAUGUCUGGAGUUUUGGAGUGACUCUAUGGGAGAUGUUUUCAUACGGUCAGCAGCCAUAUGGAGACAUGAGAGGUGUCGAGGUAAUUCAACUGGUUGAAAAUGGCGAAAGGCUGAGCCAGUCACCAAGGUGUCCGGAUGAAGUGUACAGGAUCAUCGAGCAGUGUUGGGCGUACCUUCCACGUGAUCGUCCUACAUUUAGCCAGCUUUAUCAGACAUUCUCUUCUGACCCAGAGUAUAUUAAUAUGAAAGAGCUCAUUCCAUUUGAAACCAUCAGUUGAUAUUUUGUAGGUGUGGGAUUUUGCGCUAGCUUCCCAAAACAUUUGCAUCAAAGAGCUCUCUGUAAAAGGGUUUAUUGUUUAUAAAUACGUAAUCAUGUUUGGAACCUUGUGUGUGUGUCUAUAUAUAUAUAUAUAUAUAUAUAUAUAUAUAUAUAUAUAUAUAUAUAUAUAUAUAUAUAUAUAUAUAUAUAUAUAUAUAUAGACCAGAAAGAUUAUAUAUAUAUAUAUAUAGAUAGAGAGAGAGAGAGAGAGAGAGAGAGAGAGAAAGAGAGAGAUAGAGAGAGGGGCCAUAUUUAUGUUACAGCAGAAUAUCAAUGGAUGGAUGUCUUUCUGGUCAUUAGAAUUUAAUAUAAGCAACUGCCACAACAUUAUGAAUAAAAAAUUGUGUUCUAAUAAAGCAUUGAAAAAGAUUUUAUCAUUAAAAGGUAAGAUAGUUUUAAGUACAUAAAAUGAGCAAUCAAGAGCAUGCUGUAGUUAUGAUAAAAUUUAUUUGUGUUGCUUGCAACCUAACAUUAUAUACAUCUGAAAACAGUUCUACAAUCAACUACCAGAUUUUAUUGAACUUUAGGUACAAACUCUGGGGUAGUUUUUUUUGUUGUAAAAAUUAGAAAAUAAUAAUUGGCUAUAAGUUCCUUUGAUAGUCAAAAAUUUUAAUGAAUUAAUUUUUAAAUUAAGUAAAAAUAACUUAAACUCAAAUAAAUGCUUAAUUAGUGUUCUUUGGAACUGAGAUUUCAAUUUGGUAAAAAUUUGAUAGAUAGUAUCUCCAUGCUUUAUUGCAAUCAUGAACCAUAUUAAAAUGCACAAAACUUGAUUUUAUAACAAUGGUUUGAUAUCAGAUUGUUGAUGAUGGAUAUGAAUUAUCUAUUAAGUUUAAAUUAGUGAAAAAGACUAUCAUAGUGUAACACUGGCUACAGUUUCUUGAGACAAAUUUUGAAAGGUUAGGGCUGUAAAUUUGUCAGCCAUGGCACCUGCAAAGCAUUAUAUUUACAGAAACACCUAAUUCAUUACACAAAUUACAAAACACUACUUAUUGUCCUGAUUUGCUAAGUUGUGAGGAUGUUUAGAAUAAUGACACAUGCGUUGGUAUUCUGGAGCCUACUGUAAUCUUAUAAGUCCCACUUUCUUAAGCUUCUUUGCAUAUCUAUAGAAUGCAAAACCCUAACUUUCCUUUGAACAGCUUUUGUACAUCCUUGUGCCAUGCAAUAUUUUUCCAUAAAAACGUUUGGAGUAAAUGGGGAUCUUAAGGCGAUUGGUGCAUGGAAAAUAUUAUGACAAAACUAAUUUAACUGUACAUAUUUAUUUUUGAUGCUUCUUUUUAAGACAUAAUAUACCUAGGAUAUUUUUAAUAAACUUUUUUUUACUGAGUUAUGUCAUUUUAAAUGCAUUUAUUUUUAUUCCAAGCCAGAAUUAUUUAGAAAACACAUAAUUAUGUUAAACUUAAGUAUAGUUCAAGAAACGAGUGUACGAAUAGGUUUCUGCACAUAUAAAAGUAAGAAGAAAAAAUUUUCAUUGUCAAAAUUACAGUUUAAUAUUGACAAUUUCCAUUGAUCACUGCUGGACUACUUCAGGAGCGAUUUAAAGAAUAAAUUUAAAUGAAAAUGAAAACAUAAUUGGCAGAACACUAUUGAGUUAUGUAUAUAUUUUCAUAUCCUUUUGUUUUUGAUACGAUCCGACUCAAAACAUGCCCUCUGGAGUGACAGUUCUAGUGCUGCGUGUAAAACUCUCGCCGCCGGGAAGAAUGUCCCCGCGACGUGGCGCUGAGGGCGGCGCUUGUCGGAACCAGGUAGUCCGGCGGAGCUCGGCCGGCGGGCCGCAGCCUGCGGGUGGGGAGAGGGAAGAAUGGGGUGUAGAGGGAUGACGAGAGAGGAGACCGAAGAAACGAAGGGUCUGUCAAGGUCGCGCUCAUGGAGCUAAUAUACAGUAAUACAUCUGGAGAGGACAAGGGAAGACCAGCAGAGGAUGCGAGGUGAAGCCGGGUAUCGGCUUCCUACGCUGGAAGAAAAUGAAAAAGAGCCAAACUCGCCUCGCGCGGCCGAAGAAUCCUCUAAACUAAACUCGCAACAGCUCCGAAACUAUCAAAACAAUCAAACUGAAAAUUUUACUGGAGUAUCUAUAAACAUUUUUCCCCACAUCGCUUUAAUAUUUUUUUCAAAACAUGAAUGCUUUCAUUUUUAAAAAUUAAAUACUUAUUUACUGCCAAAAAUUUUUGUGAUUACGCAGAGUAAAUUACAACAUUGAGGAAAAAAUUUUGUUUGCAAUUGUAAGUGGGGGACACUAGCGUAUGAAAUAAGGAAGAAGCCUCAAAUUUUAUUUAUAUACCCCUUUUGACGCAUUCAAUCCCAUACUUUUAUUUUUACAGAGAGUUGAAGUGGGAAUAAUGUUUCAGUGGGUAACACUACCGACAUAUGUCUUCGGAACGCACUUCUUUUUGUUAUUAUACAUCUCAAAAUUUAUAAUUUCAUACACAAUGUUUAUAAAAACGAAUUCUUACUUACCCCAUUUAAUCUAUUACAAACCUCUUGUAAUAUACGUGUAUUAGUAGAAGAACCAACGUAACAUGCAAACCUUAGGUAAACACUGGUAGAGAAUUGUUUGGAAUCACUGUAAUGCUAUGCAUAUACUGACAAUGUAAGAAACUUCCAAUUUUAUUAAUUGUUUGCAUAAGAAUUAAUAAUUUAAAAAAAAUCAUAGAAUAGGCCUUUAUAGACUGAAAACCUUUCACGAAGUUUCAAGUCGCGUACAUAAAAGUUUUUUAAUAUAUAUAAUUACCAAAUAUUGUUGAUUAUAUUUAACAUUUUUAUACAUGUUACAACACACAUAUAAUAACAAACCUAUAUAGUAUAUAAAAAGACAAACGCCAAAUUUUAACAUUUUGUAUUUCUUUUCUCUGUGUGAAUAAAAUAAGAGUUCUUAACGUAGUUGCUAAUACUGUACUAUAUUUCUAAAAAAAAAUUACGAAAACCCCUGACAUCGUCACCAUAACAAUGAUAAAUUUGCAAAAUAAUUAAGGCACAUUUUUUAAUGCUACGAAGCACACUCUUAAGAGAAAUGUUUUAAACUUACGUUGGGAUGUAACUAAAAUCUUAAAAGCAUUCUGAAACCGUUACUUUGAGGGAAACCUUAAUAUACCGAACACCAUACCAUCCUUUAAUCGAGUACGAUUUUCGCUUCUUAAGACCCAUUUGUCUUCAAAAUGCACUUUACUGUGUAAGUAAUAAAUCAGUCUUAAAAUCAGUUAAUUAUUUUAUCUUCCUAUUUCGUAUUCUAAUUGAAAUAAAUAUCAGAUAAGCAUGUGUUACUUUUAUCACGACAUCAAGGUAUUAUUUAUCAGUAAUUAAUAUUUCAUUUUAUUUUUUUGUUAACUAAUGUGCAUAGGGCAGUGCACUAGACAUCACUACCUGUGUGUAGUGUUGCGUUACACUUUUUAACGCAUUAGAGUUUACAUAAAAUGAUAAAUUCAAAAUUUUGUUUAAAAGUAUAAAUAUCAGCGAUCAAUUUAAUUAAUGUCCAGUAUAACUCAGUCAGUAAAACAUUCGGAAAUAUGUAUAGGACCUGUUAACCUAAAUAUUUGUUAACAGUUAAACUGAACUAAGAUGUGUUAGAGUGGUUUUUUCUCUGUCCGUAUAUUAGAGGUAUGGAACAUCAAUAAAUAUAGUUUAAAAAACUAAAGAAACAUGCUUUUAAAGAUUAUCAAACUAAAAAGUUAAAAAUAAUUUUAAAAUUUAAUUUAUGACAAUAGUAUAUAAGCAAUACUAGUAUAAAUGAGAAAAAAAGCUUGAGGCGCUUUGUGCCAUAUUUUUUGUAUAUUAAGCGCCCCAUGCUUUUUUCUCAUUUGUACUAGUAUUGCUUAUAUACUAUUGUCAUAAAUUAAAUUUUAAAAUUAUUUUUAACUUUUUAGUUUGAUAAUCUUUAAAAGCAUGUUUCUUUAGUUUUUUAAACUAUAUUUAUUUUUAACUUUUUAGUUUGAUAUUCUUUAAAAGCAUGUUUUUUUAGUUUUUUAAACUAUAUUUAUGUAUAAUUAUCAUAGGGAAAUGAGUUACCGACACUACCUAUUACCAUCUGAGAUAACUAUUUGGAGUUGCAACGUCACAAAGAAAUGGUAAAGUCUCUCCGAGUCAUUUACAGUUAGAUGUAUGGACAUAAUCUUAGAAUUUACCAGAAAAAAAAAAAAUUUUUUUUUUCUGGCGUGGCCGGGAGUAGAACCCACGAUCGCUGAAUCCGAAAGCUGACGUCUCAGAAGUCGCGCGCCUUAGACCGCUCGGCUAACGAACGUAAUGAAAUUGGUGGGACAUUUUACAGUGAUGAGCCUCUCACUCUUAGUCGAAAGAGUUACAGACGGACAGACAAACAAACAUACAGGUGAAGCUAAUAUAAAGCAUGUAAUAAAAUACGCAUCUGUUGCCCAUUUACUUUAAAUACAGAAUUAUAAACUACAUAUUGUGAAAACAUUCUGCAGCAGUUUUUGCUGAACGGAAAAACACGGAUGAGAAGACAGACGAAAUGUGUUUGGUAAGUGAUUUUUCGUCAAAUGAAAUGGAACAGGACAGUGCUUAUCAGAAUGAAAUUACAGAACUACUUUUGUGCAAGGAAAUGUAUUUUACAAAGACAUUUCAAGAGAAAUCACCUUUAAAUGAAAUAGAUCUUGCUGACAUGGAAGAAAUAGACUUAGAUUUAGAGGCCAGGCCCCUUUCAAGUGACGAAAUUUCUCUUGAAGGGCUGAAAUAUGUUUCUGGCUAUAUAGCUCACCGUUUCAGAAAUAAAUAUCCUGACCUUGGCACUACGGAUUUCAAUUCGGUGGACGAUAGCUGGAUACAUGUACAAUCAAAGGGUAACUUAAAAUGUCCCACUAAUGAAUUUUUUGAAUUAAUAAAGAUCGCUGAAAUGUGUUUUGAUAAUAUUCAUGGCAACAAUUUGUGCAAAAAAGAGCGGAUUUUUGAAUCACUGACUAAAAUUAUUUGCGGAACUACUGAAAAUAAAUAUCCAGAAGAAGUUAUAUACUGUUUUGUCAGGACAAGAACGUAUAUGCGUAUCAAGUAUUUGAACAUGAAAUAUUUUAACGAACAAGACCAAAAACGCAAAGAAAGAAAUAAGAUGAGGAAAACUACCCUCUAAGAUUUUUCAGUGCGAUAGUGUCCACUUUCCUUCACCAUAAUAUGUAUGUUCAUAAUUUAUUUACGAUGUUUUUUAAUUACUAUAUUUAAGAAAAGCAUUUAUUGUGAAUAUCGCAGCAAUUAUGUAGGGCUUAAGGUAUUUAUUGUAUUCCAAAUAUUGAGUAUGUCAUUUUUAUUGCCUUUAUUAGAAAUAAUAUAUAUAUUAACAAUGUAACAAAAUUGCGAUAUUUUUGUAUUGCUAUUGCAAUUUUGUUUCUUGUAAACAUUAUUGUAGACUUUUUCAUAUUGAAAUUAAAUUUGCUAUAGGGUUGUUUGUAUUUUAAUUUUACAGUUAUAAGAUUUUUUAUAUGUUGAUUACUGUUUACAUCCAUUUGAAAAAUAUUUCCUUAACCAUAUUUCCAUUUCCAUGGCAAUAGUCUUGUUAGCUUUUCGGGUAACUCUUCUACAUGGAUGAUAAGAUGGUGCGACAUCUAAAACAUAUCACACCACCUUUACAUAACUAUAAAACUAAGAGGUGUUUUCUUUACAUAAUAUUAAAGCACAAUGUUUCCUUGUGGCGUAGGUGAUUUAGAAUUUCCAUUUAUCUAGAAAAAUGGGCUUUCAGAAUGUUUUUUAACACACAGUGUUUGGGAAGGUUUUUGAAGAAAAAAAUUGACUACGCGUUUUAUUUUUUUGCAGCUGAAUUCGGGCACUUGCAUGAAAUAUAAUUAAUCCGUAGGAAGCGCAAUGGUUUAAAGUAUUGAUGUUGAAGAUUUGAAAAGAUUUAUUGAAAUAGUGUGAGAGAAUGAGCGAGUUGAGUGAGAAGAGUGCGGGAGUGGCCACAUGACGUCUGCACAGUUGCGGACAAAAAAUAAUCCAUUCCGCCUCCCCAUGGCGAAGGAUGAGUGAAAGAGAAAACCUGCUAAACCUUCCCCUCCUCCGGGCACGAUAGAACCGUAUCGGCUGUGUAUUAGAGGGAGAGGGAGAUAAAACCUUCGAGGUUCUGUUAAUUCCUCCUAGAUGGCAGGCCGCAGAGCGACCGCCAGCAACACCCUUCCUGUAUGAAGGCCAUCUCGCCACUGACGAGCUGGAACUAAGCUCCUGACCUCCCUACAUAGUAACGGUCACCCACAUAGGCAUCUAGACUCUUUAGUGGUCAUAUGAUACAAAAUUCAUUGUUUUCGGGCCUGUGACCGUUUUUUACCGUGCACCAAUCGCCUUAAGUGCCAUUGUCAACAUUUUGCAGGGCUUGCAUUUUUUCUUUGGUUAGUACUUACUUUUAAAUUUCUAAUUCAAAAUAGGUUUAUAAAUUGAAUUUAAGAAUUAUUUCACUGUGCUCAAUCAUUAAAAAUAUUUAAAUUAACCAAGAUCAGUUCAAGAAAAAAAUAAAAAGUCAAAACCUGCGGUCAGUUCUACAGCCUCAGUAUUUUUCCUAAAAUAAGCUGUAAGUGCCUGAGGCACUUCCAUCCCUUUUUACAAAUGUUUCAUUGGAUAAUAUCUAAACAUAAUAAUAUUACCUAAUCUUGCCUGUGAUGAUAAUAGAAAUAAACCGGUAAUACAAACACCGAAACAUUUGUAAGCAAUAUUCAAUUUCAUUAAUACAACAUUAUUGAAAUACAUUAAUAAAAUCACAUUGGAAUAAUAAAAAAAUUCUGGACAUGGCUUUAGUUUUAAGAUUUUAUGCAUUCAUAAAACAGUUUGUCUUCAGGUUUUAUGAAAAACUCAAUAAUAGUUUUUAAAUUGGCUUUCUUAUCGUCUUUAAUGUGGGAUUUGCACAACAAACUAGGUAAUGCUGCCUCUGAUACUGUCUUUUUGGUUACACCUUGCUUGAAAACAUUAAUUUCAGUCCAUUUUUCGAGUUAAUUGAAGGUCUUUUUAACCAGGAUUUUACCUGGUUAAUUAGAAGUAACUUUUAUCCAUGAAAGUUUUGUAAUGUUAACUUUUGCUGUAUUAAUAAAAGUAUAUUUUGAAGUCGAAAAAAUUAGCAGUGCUUAGCAUUUUUACUUGAAACAUAUUUGUCAAUUUAACAUUUUCUAUCAUGGAUUUUAAGCCUUCGGGAACAUUGGAUUUAGUAAGUCUUUUUCGCUUUUCAAUAGCAGCAAAAUCACGGUUGCAGUUGAGGAAGGAGUGUCCCCCGACUAAGAACUAAUGGUUUAUUUCUGGGUACAUUUCAAUGAAAGGUAAGUGUAUCUACAAAAGUAUCAUUAUUUUAUUUUUAUUCUGCCCAUAGUAGUUACCUCUCUACACUGUGAGUUUGUCCUUUGAUUCAUUUUCUUGAGGGCUUGAAAGACACAGGAUGCAACUUCAUUCCCUCCCCUCCCCUACCUGAUAUGCCGUCAUGCCACAUAUUCAUCAUACUGGUGUUAUUGUGAAUAUGAAAUUUGAAGGUUGCCUUAGUUAGUACAUGUUAGUAUGAGUUAAGGCCGGUAAAGAUAGAACAUUAUUCUAAAUCAAUUCCAAAUGUCGCACUACAACAACUAGGAAUUGGAGACUCAUUAAAAUCUUUUUUCAUCUUGUCUUGCUUUUUCAUCAUUCAAAUGAUUAAGUUUUGGUUUAUUUCUGAACUCUGUUUUAGCUGUACCAGAAGAUGUUGCGAUUUGACUAGCUGACAAAUCACAUGUACACAUGUCUGUUCUAGGUUGCUUGAAGGAAGUUUACUUUAGAAAUGCUUAUUAAAUACCAGAUAAUAAAAACUGUACGACAUAUUGC